AUGAGACCCGUAAAUUAUUUCUACAACGUUUCGGGAGAAGAGUCUGAGCGUUUGAUCAAAAAAUAUGCGAUCGAGGGGGAAUUUCUUGUUCGACCGAGUCUCAGUCAACGAAACAACUACACCAUCUCUGUUAGUCGAGGAAUCGGUCAACCAAUCACUCACGUGCAAAUAAAAGCCAGUGGUGAUGUUUUCUCACUUGUCGAACAGGAUUUCACGAGUCUCACCGAUCUUGUUCAGUAUUUCAUCGAAAACCCAAACGAGUUACGCGAACAAGACGGAAGGACCAUUCGAUUGCUACGCCCUGUAAGCAUUCCCUGGGAUGAACCGGUGGCAAAGGAAGCUCGAGGUCCAACGGCUGAACGAUGGUUUCAUCCGAAUAUCACCGGGACACAAGCCAGAGAUAUUCUGCUCAAAGAAAAACAAUGGGCAUAUCUCGUGCGUGAAUCGACCCGACAUCCAGGGAACUAUGUGAUCUCCGUAAAGACCGCUGAAAAUAUCAUCAAACACAUCAUGAUUGAUCGAGACUCACAGAGUGAAAUGUUCCAUGUUCAUGGUGGGGACACUUUCCGAACGAUCUCCGAUCUCCUCUCUCACUACAACCAUAAUCCAAUGGUUGAAAUGGGAUGUCAAAGCGUUGUCCAUCUACGAACGGCGAUUUCGUCAAGUUGUUUCCCAGCUGAUGCAAUCGAUAUCCGCUUAGCGGCUAUUCUCCAAGAGGAUCCAAUCACGCGAAAAAAUGGAAUCAGUGAAGAAUUUGCGAAAAUACAAAGCGCCGACGAUCAGCUUUAUUCAAGGAAAGAAGGGAAAAAGGCGAUCAACAUCAAAAAGAAUCGAUACAAAAACAUUGUACCCUACGAUCAUACUCGAGUCAUCUUGAAAGAUGUGCCUGAUGGGGAAAGUGAUUACAUCAAUGCCAACUAUAUUCGGAUACACCAAGACAAUCCACUUCUCUGCUCAAAUCGUGAAUAUAUCUCGACGCAGGGUUGUCUCUCAAAUACGGUUGGCGAGUUUUUGUUGAUGAUUUGGGAAUGCGAUUCGCGUGUGAUUGUGAUGACAACAAAAGAAGUCGAAAGAGGACGAGUAAAAUGUCACCGUUAUUGGCCCGAGCUUGGACAAUCGAUUACAUGGGAUAAUUUCUGUGUAACUUGUACAGAGGAAACAAAAUACCGAGAUUUGCAAGAGAGUGACUCGUAUAUUGAGAGGAAACUUCAACUUUCAAGAAGAGGUGAAACUCGUUUGAUCUCUCAUUUGCAAUUUGUUGGUUGGCCAGAUCAUGGAUGCCCCGCGCAUCCAGAACCCGUAUUAAGCUUUUUGGAAGCAGUGGAUCGAUCAGUGAGACUGAUGGGUGGCCGAGGCCCACCAAUAGUUCAUUGUUCGGCGGGCAUUGGACGCACGGGUGCCUUUAUUGUCAUCGAUCUUCUAGUGAAUCACAUAAAACUAUGUGGUCGUAGUUGCACUAUAGACAUUCCGCGUACAGUGCUAAUGAUUCGAGAGCAACGAUCGGGAAUGGUUCAAAUGAGUGAUCAGUACAGAUUCGUCUAUAUGGCAAUCAGUGCUUUCAUUCGGAAAACGGCCCACUCAAAUGGAGGACAUGUCAUAAGUGAAGCUCUUCCAUUAGCUCCACCGCCUAUUCCUCAAGCCCCGCCAAUCAUUCCACGAAAACCCCGACCCGAACAGGCUCGCUCUUAUGUAAAUACUUCUCAAGCGGUGAUCAACGACAUGGAAACUUUGAAACUCGGUUCAAGC